AUUGCCGAAAAUCACUGAUUCGAUAUUUUCAUCGAUAUACUAAAUGCGCUUCGUAUCAGGGUCCUAACAUCAAUUUCAUUGGUUUAAUUUCGUAUUCGUGUUGAUUUUGUGACCAUACAAAUAUGGUGUAACAGUGUUGAAAAAGAUAUUGAUAACUCUUCAAAGCUAUUACAUGUAUGAGCCGCGAGUGUUGUUUAUUGGGGGUUUAAUUGUUGGGAAAAGCGACGCAAUUUGAAACAAAGAAAUAAUAUUGGAGGAUUGUUGAGUCGACUUUUGGUGCAGCUCGUCAUGAUGGAAAUAAUGGAAGAUGGAAAUCUCGUUGAUCGGGUGCGGAUUCUACUUCAAAGGGAUAUGCAAUAUUACCAGUCGAUGCAAACCGUGCUUCGGGAAUCUUUGUGCGUGAGAGUCUGUGGCGGAGAACUCGAUUUUCCGCGGCACGCUUCAUUCGCAGCGAUAAAAAUAGUGAUAUGGUGGGAAGCCGAAUUCCUCGAUGCGUUCAGACGCCCGUCAGGAUUAAGCAUCUCGACCGACGAUGGAAAUCCGAGCGAGGCUGAAGCAGCCAUUAAAAAGACCCCGCCCUCAGAAUUCAUUCUCCUGGUUGUAGAUACUUCGAAACAGUUUUUGGAACAUUUGCACACUUUGAUUCAGGAAUCCUUGGAUCACGCGGAUCUGACAGUUCUGACGGCGACCCUUGGAGCAGCGGCAUUAAUUCGUAAUUGUCUGUGGUGCUACACGCGAAAUUCGAAAAAUGAAAUUCCAUCACAGACGAGCGCCCAGCUUUCGGCGUGCUACAAAUCGUACAACGAAAUGACGGAGGCCGUUGCCGGGAGAUUGUUGGACUUGCAUUGCCGUUUAAUAGCUCUUUAUAUAUUGAUGGAGGCCGAUUCACUGAGCUGGCAAAAAAACAAACCCUUCUUUGAAAAAGAGCGCUGUACUUUCGUCAUACAAAUGUGGUGGCUUUAUAUGCAGGGUACAAAAGCCGAUCUGUGGAAUACCGUAUCGCCAAAAAUGGCUCGGAGAAUAUUUUCCGGCGUGUUGAACGAGUCUCUGACGAUCCUCGUCACGCGUUUCAUUCACGGUCGUCCGAGUUUAGCACGAUCCGAGCAAUACUGGGCGGAUGCUUUCAACGUUUUAUCCUGCUCAGCGUAUCUCACUCUAUCUGCAAGUCUCAACGCCGAUGAGCUGAUUGGAUUGCGAGUGAAAAAAUUACCGAUCGUCAUGAGGGACAUUCAUGCCAAAUGUGGGGAAUUGCUACUCAGUUUGGUCCUCCGCGGUACUCCUCUGCACCUGCUUUAUCAGGUCUGUCGAAAUGGGCUGGAAAACACGGCUUUACUGGGAGAGCGAGGUACCUUUGCCCCGUGGCUUCUCGUAGCUGCACCAAACCUUCUCGGCAAUACUCUGCCCUACGAGGACUAUGGCACAAGCAAGCUGUCUCCGAGAGCUCAAGUGAUUUUAGAGCUCAACGUACUCAGGGCUCAGCCGCAAGCAAAUUGGACGUAUUUACUGAAGGUUUUUUCGAUGAACGAUUGCGCGGUUGCGAGAAUGUUGCUGAGCAAUUUGGUACGCAAGUGUACCGGUUAUACAGAAAUUCAGGGUUCGAUGGUUCUAAUGAAAAAUAAGAAUAAAGAGCAAAAGGACGAAAGCAAAGAGGGUUGCGGAGGAUUUUUGUGUACGGGGGCGGCGUGUAAACCAUCGAUCAAUGUCAACGGUUGCUCGGAUCCUCUCUGUCUCUACAGCUUGAUGUAUAUAACCGUCAACACUUUUAUGGAUCCGUUGAACGUCGUCAUACCGUCUCUCAAACAAGAUGCAAAUUGGCCGAAUUAUCUUGACAGACAGCAGGUAUGGAACCAAGCGCGGCCACCCUGGCUUCAUGCUCUUCUGGCUCCUAUUCAACCUAUGAUCACUCCGAUCGUGGAAACUCUGCUCGACGCUGUCAAGACAGGGGCCAGCGUGUACCAAGCAAUGUCCCUGGCAUUGGCUUGUUUCGAGGAGUUAUUCAUUUGCGUGCCUAUCGGAGUACUCGCGACGUGUUUCUCCAUAAAUGAGAAUCUGCCAGCUCACUGUCAUCCGCUCGGUGGUUCGGUCCUGCUACAAGUGCUGUGUGCUUCGCUGUACACCGCUCUCCUCGAAGUGUCAAUCGCUGAAGAGAAAAAGGAAGCAUCGAGCAAGGAAAAAAGCUCACGGCCUCCCGCGGAAAGCGGGCCGGAAGGAAUAUCGUUCGACACUCAAAACCGCGGGGCUUCGGCAACGGCACUCGCCGAAGCUAUUUGCAGCAUCGACGAAGACAACAAACAUACCAAUCAAAUCGACGAUCUUAUCGAGCUCAUUGAAAAUUGGAUAAAAUCCAACGAGAGGGACGACCUGGAAAAGAAGAUUGAAAAUACGCCGUGGUAUAUCGAAAAGUUUACCAACCAAAUUUUGCUCACCCCCAUUGGUCGACGGUCCAUGAAAGUGGCUCUGGAAUAUCUGAUCCGUGCAUCCGAUUGGGUGUUGAAUAAAUUGAAACAAAAGGAGCCGAGUAACAGCGUCGAUUUCAACGACACAACAGACGUUUACGUGGCAUCGAAACCCUUGACUUACGUCAUGUUCCACAUCGACGACGCCGCUUUUGAUCAGUUCUUGAUAGAUUUCGACGAAACGCAUUGGCAAGCGAUUCUCAAAACACCGAUCGGUGGAACGUUGGAACGAGUCCGAGGGCAGAUACUCGUGCGACCUGAAUUCAAAAAUCUCAGCGAGCUCUCCCAUGAUGAAAAAGAGGUCGCAACGUCCAUGAAACUGCUCUGCUCGAUCGGCCGAUCACCGCGCUUUUAAUGGAAUCACAUUGAUCGAUGGUGCGGAAGUCUUGAAUCUCUGGAGAAAAGGUUUCGUGACUUGGAUUCAUGCUUCAAUAGAGUACAUUGGGAAGAAUGAUCUCCGAGGACUCUUUACAUCGGAAUCGGACGAUCUAAUUGAUUCUCGAAAUUUACGGGCGUGACUGUUGGACAGCCUGUGCGUAAUAAUGUCGAUUGAAACGUCAUUUCACGCUUGGAAUAUUGAAAUUCGUUAAGAAUGAAUUACCACUCACACGAGUCUCAAAUAAUGAAUUCGUACGCGCAGUUGGAUGAGGAUGGAAAAAUUGUCGACAUAUUUCCACGGACAGUGGAAUCGGGAGAGCCCGACAAAGUAAACUCGAAUUCAUUGCUGCUCUACUCCGAUACGCAGCGCAAAAGUUGACCCGCUGGCAAUCAUAAUAAUCCUAUUUGUGAACAACUCCACGAUGAAAUGCGCCGAGGAUGGAGAAAUGUUUGGAAACUUUUCAAAUUAUCUCUUUCAAUUCCCAUAUUCCGGCGCUCAGCAUAGGCUUAUUCGACUGCUGCGAUGCCCAGGUUUUUCCAAGCUCUACGCGAUCCGUGACGGCGAGUCGGAACUAAGUUACCGAGAAUUCGCUUAGUUGAGAAACUCUUUGCUUCAUAUGUUUCCAGAAACCGAUGAUCAUGAAGCAAAUUUACAGCUCAAAUGCCACAAAUGAAAUCCGAUACGAAAGCUUCUUCAUAUCUCCCGGCAUUUUCAGUCUAUAAUGAUACGAUUUAUUCAUCGAUCCAGAACUGCGAUAAAAUUAGAAAAACAGAAAAAAAAUCGUUGCAACAACUAAAUGUCCUUAGUUGAUACUUUUGUUGCUUGAUCUAACUAACAUCCGCUUAUGUGAUGAAAAGUUCAUUUAUCCGAAUCACUAAAUUUUGGUUUAUGGAAAUUACCUAAACGAAUUAAACCAAAUCUUUUGUUCGAAGAACUCGAAACAUUCGUUUAUUUCUACUUAUAAUUAUACAUUUUUAAAAUAUAUUGAUUUGGAUAUCAAGUACUGAAGUGUCUAAACGGUUGAGAAUGAUAAAUAUUUUGUAAAUCGAAUCAUACUGGUCAGUUCAAAAUAACUCAAAAUUCGUUGAAAUGCAUUAUUACUUUAGCCAACAUGAUUUGUGAAAAAUAACAAAUAAUUAUGAUACUCGGAUUUUUUCUUCGUGUAUAGCUUAACAAAAUCUUAUCGAUAGCGAACCAAACGAGUUGUCUAUACAAAUGUCUACCUCGAAAGAAAGUUCUAGCAACAAAAUAUGACGUUAGAGUAACCCAAAUAUCGUCACAAGACCCUUAAUCGUGUUAAUUCAAAUCGCUAUUUGAAUAAUUAUCAAAAUUUUUGUGAAAUUUAACAAACAUUUCGUCGUGCGUAUGGGACUAAAUAUUUUAGUUCAAUUGAACAUUUUCCGAGGGUUUCAACCAAAUUUUUUUCUCAGUGUACGAAUGCCAAGAUGAAAGAAAAAAAUGCUUCAUCCGAUUCCACCAAUCGUUAGAACGACAUUUUACACACCUCCACCAGUGUUAAAUUUAUCUGCAAAGGUGAUCUCUAACGAUGCACUAUAAAAUGUAGCAUCGCCCCUAUUACGUGCCCGUAUGUAAUUUCACAUUCGUACAGUCUUUCGAAUCAACACAGAAUCUAUUGACUUUAUGCCAUUUUUAUUCUGUCACCGGGGAAUCAAAUACCGCGUUUAAUCUACGCUCAACAUAUGCUCGCGAGUCUUUGGAUCUGAAACUCGCUGGCAACAUCAACCCCGCGAAGGUACAGUUGGCUAAAUGUAGGCCAAUUUCAAGUGCGGGUCCGAUAACGACUCCCGAUGCACGUGUGCAUUCUGUUUAAUUUCACCAUUAUCAAUAACGAGUUUGCUCUGUGAGACUCACGCAAAAUAUUUUAUCACACUUUUCCAUAUUAUUAGAUGAUUAAUUUUGUUCUUAUUCUAACGAGGCAUUGUUAUUUUAAGUCCCGUUACGAGGUUCAUUUUGACCAAUAAAUAUUAUAACGAAUUUCCACAGCGAUGAAAAAUGCAUUAUUUUCGCUUAUGCUUAUGCGCUCGAGUGGUCGACGAUUACACGUCCAAGUAAAUAAGUUGUUACCAGUUCGACAAGUUUUCGUUCUUUAUCUCAUUAACAAUUGGCAAAGAGAGUGGUCGCUGCCCGACGCUCUUGCACUUUGCAGUUAAUAUUCUUACAAAGUUUUUAAACUCAAUGAUGAAGAGAAUUCAAUGCACAGAUGUGACGUUUCCUGGAUGUGGACUCGCUCGCUCUACUUUAUUACUUUUUCUCGACUAGGCAGUUAUUGCCAAUUAUCGAUUACCUGAUUUUCAUCCCCCCUCUUUAGAGUUGAUCAUUUGUUGAGUGAGUGGUGUGAAAAUUGGUAAGGGAGGGCCGGGCGAAGCGGAACAACCCCCCGGAAAAAUGAGAGCUCUUUGUUUUCAUAAUUUCACUCGAGACACACCUGUCCAAGGCUCAAUAUUCAAUAAAAAUCGAUUUUUUUUAAGAAAUUUAAAAAUUGGCUCACGCAGCGGAGAAUAAAAAUUGUGAAUAAAUUGUUCAUUUUUAAGGAAAAAAAAGAAAAUCGUUUUCUUCGUUCUCGCUUUCGAGAGUGUUUCCUCAAAAGCUUGAAAAAGUGCAAUUGGAAAAUUUGACUUUUCAAAAAAAUUGUUUGUCUCAUUGAAUGUUGCAACUUUGCGCGAAAAAACCACCUUUUUGGGGGGUCUUCAGCUUUGCCCGACUCUCGCACAGACAUUCAUCAAUUAUUAGGUAAAGACCUCUCGAACACUUCGCGUGUAACACGAGUGCGCACAGUGGCCCAGACUGCACGAACAAUUUCGAACCAUUGCACAUUCCAGGGUACAAAUGUGACGUUUUGGAAAAACUUGUGCAAUUUUUUCAAACACUUUUCAUUCAGGCAAUACGCUUCAUCAUUG